AGUAGUUGCAAACAGCUCUACAGAAACGUAUCAACCCUCUACCCUCUAUCUCAAAACAAAUGCAGUGCGCUACAUUGCAAACAGUCGUCUAUUCUCGCGGUAUUUAAUCCCAAGUUGUUUUGUCUCCACACGACACAACACAAAGAACCUUUGUGAAAUCCACUGUACAAUAUUGACGAAUAUAAUCAAGAGCGGUAAUUAAAAGACUCACCGCGGCAAUUGCGACAAAAGUAAUGUCUCGCUACCAAAGACAUGUCGUGCGACGUCUAGCAUGGUAAAUAAAAUAAUACAUCAAUAAAAUGCACAAAGAAGAAGUGGGUAUUUGAGAGAAGUACGAUUAAUCGUUCAAAAUUCGCAAAUAAUUGUAUAUUCUGUUGUGCAAACAUCUACUGACAGGAAGCAGCAGAUACGAGGACGGAGCCGCGUACGUGAAAAAGGACUAAAUGCAAAUGCAAAGUUUCAAACAUUCUCCUUGUCUCGUCCGCGCUCUUGCUUCUUCUUUUGCGAAACGACUCAAAGUGUAAAAAAGGGGAGAAAAAGCUGUCCAGAUGGACUUCGAGAGUGCGAAUCCUUUCAAUGUUCGAGUGAACAAGAUCUCGGGAAACUUGUUACCGAUGACCGCCGAUGGAUCAUCGUUUCCAAUACUUUGGAAGAUUUACAGCUGCUUGAUAUGGCUACUGGAGUUGACACAAAUGAUCAUAUUAAUUCCAGGAUGCAUGCUCGUACCAAAAGAAAAAGCUCUAAAGGACGGCUUGAUCGGUGUCGCAGUCACCCUGGAAGUGGCCUUUGUGGUCGCACGAAUCCACAUGCGUAGAGGAUUGGUGCAACGAAUGAUCCAAAAGUUGAACGAGAUUCUGUGCUUGGACGAUGAGAUGAUGCGAUAUAUUGUAACGACAAACCUAAGAUCAAUGGAGAUCCCGUUGAAGAUUUAUUGGUCGGCUGGCAUAAUGUCCGUAGUAUUGUGGAGCGGGACAUCGCUUUUAAUGAUCUUCAAGAGAAAUUCCUUUUCUUACGUGGAUUACAGAAUGCCAAUCAGCUACGGUAAAGAACCAAUAUCCACUGGCACUUUCGUGAUAGGUAGUCUCAUCAUCAUGUUCAGCAACAUGUUAAUAUUCACGAAGAAGGUUGCCGUGGACAGCUACACAAUACAUCUCACGCUAUUGAUAACCUCACAGUAUCGUUACAUAGCAUCGAAGCUCUCGGUAAUAUUUCGAGAUAAGGCUUCGCGAAAUGAUAGCAACGAUUCCACUGGCAAUAAAAAUUAUUCGACGAGCGAUCUAUCUGCGAAAAAGGAGAUUAAAGCGGUGUGUCGACAUCACAAUGCUAUCGUUCAUGUAAUGUCCAUGCUAAAAGAACUACUGUCUUUAAACUUUAAUUUCUUAUAUGUCAACAGCGUUUUUCGAUUCUGCUUUAUCGGUAUAAUGGUUCUGGCAAUACCGUCGACAAAUCUAUUAGAGGGAUAUUUGAUUCUCACGUACGCGAGCGGUGGAGUAGUAGAACUCUAUAUACUGUGCUCUUGCGUGCAACAGUUGUUAGAUGCGGCCGCUGAAAUAACGAACAAAGCGUUCCACCAGGAAUGGUAUUUGCACGAAUCAUCUGUAAAACGUACAUUUAUGUCGCUGAUAAUGGCAAAUAAGUUGGACUGCAAACUCGCCACAUUCGAGAAAUUCAAUUUAUCUUUACCCUCAUUAAUGUCGAUUCUAAAUCAGUCCUAUUCAGUAGCUCUACUGAUUUUAAGGACUAAUUGAAAAGUGACGAUAGGAAGAGUUGUUCGUUCAGUUGUAUAUCCUGUCAUGUCAAAAAAUUUAUAACUAACAGGAUAUCACAAGACAUAAUGAAAGGAGAAAAUGAUGACUAGUUUUCCAAAACGAAAAUGAAAUUAUUAAACGAUUUAGAUUUUUCAUUAUCCGACGUACCUUGCAGCAGAGAUGAAUUGAGAUUGAAACUAAUUUUCUGUAACACAUGUUGAACUGUACCCUUUUAUCUUUCAUUUCUCAUAAAUAUACGACGAUUGUGGUUAA